CUACAACCCCUGAUCCCCGUCUUCCUCCUCACCGCAGUAUUCCUCUUCGCCAACAAGCAAGCGGGUUGGCAACAAGGAAAUCCAAGGAGAAUGUCGGCAUCAAGCAAGCGGGUCCUGCUUCCCCUUCGUCCUCGACGUCGGCGCGCGCCGUCGCGCCCGACGCCUGGGACGGAAUUGGGAGAAAGCCGGCGAGGACCACUCCCGCCGACUCUCAUAUCCUCCCCGAUCGAACAGCUCCUGACCGUUGGGAACCCGGGGCGCGAAGCCGAAGCCGCCGAGUUCGCAGUCACCAGCCCGGCACCUUCUACUCAGUCCCCGUCUCGAUACAGAAAGAAAUACCUUGCUCAAAGGAAUAAAUUGAUUGGGAUGCUGGAGGAGAUGCAUUUGACUAGUUCUGAUGUUCAAUUUGACGAAAAGAAACAAGUGAGUGCAGACGAGUAUAAAUCAGAGAAGAGAAAGGUGAAACACAUAAUCAGAAAAGUGAAAUCAGAUGCUGCAAGAAAAGAGUUAGUUCUCAGAAUUGAAUUGAUCAAACAAGCCAUAUACAAUGAAUGGCAUUUGGAGGAUAUUGAUGAUCUGAUUGAAAAUGCCAAGAACUUCACAUAUGAGAUGAUUGGGGAUGUUGAAAUCGUUCAUUAUGAUGGACAAAACCUUGUGGACAUUUUGAGCAGGCUUCGCAAAGAUGCCAGGAAGUCUGCCACUGAUCAUGAUGAAAAGAACAAGCUGACUGCUGGGUUACGAUUAGGAAAUCUGUACAAGAAAUGAGGUCCAGAUCCCUGAAGGAUUCCAAGAGGUGCUCGGACAGUUUGAUUGAUACAAAGACGACCUUACAAGUAGAAGAAUUGGAAGUUAAGCUGGAUUAAGCUCCUUCUGGUCAAGUGUAGUUACCUGCGGAGAAGCUUUUUGCAGUACCCCAGUUGUUUGACAUUGUUAAAAACUUGUUUUGCUUCUCAACGGUUUUAGGUUUGAUCUGUCAGUGAGCUAAGAGUUUUGGGAGUAAUUGCUGGAUGUGAUCCCGUCCCAGUGCUGUAAACUUACGGUUUUGCUGUUUGGCUUUUGCUUCCGACCGGGUCUCAUCUAGACAACUUUAGAAACAGAAGAGUUUUGCCUCGUUUCAAGAUUUCAAAUUUUCUAAAGAAAAGACUCGGGUUAAUGUGCUGA